UUUCAUUUGACGUAUCUUGACACUCACCACUGCCACGUUCAGUAUCACCAUUGCAAGGGUUAGAAGCGUGAUACGACACACUCUCUCUCUCCAUACACACCCCUUCAGCUCUCCAUAAGAUCCACAAUGACGUUCUCGCAGUCUUCCGCCUCCUCCCCUCCCCCCGCCUCCUCCGCUUCCUCCCCCUCCCGCCGCCCCCUCCCCCCAUACAAGGCCACUGAUCUUCCUCACUUGACCUUGACCGACGCAGAGAAGAAGAAGAAGAUCGAGUCCCUUCUCUCCCCGCUGAUCCUGACGGAGGCGCAGCAGGCGAAGAUCCGAGAGGUGUUCCUGGAGGAGAUGCGGCUUGGGCUGGCAGUGAACCCAGAGCGGCCUUCCUCUCUACUGAUGGAGAACACCUUUAUUCCGCAGCUCCUGGACGGCACAGAGUGUGGUGAAUACUUGGCACUGGAUUUGGGUGGCACCAAUUUCAGAGUCCUGUAUGUUGUGCUCAAGGACGGCAAGUUUGUGGAGGAGACCGUGGACCAUUACGCGGUGCCAACUGAGGUGAGGCUGGGAGAAGGCGAGGCGCUGUUUGACUUCCUGGCGCAGUGCUUGUCUGACUUUGUGCAGAAGAAAAACCUGUCAGGGAAAAACAUCAAGCUGGGAUUCACCUUCUCCUUCCCCAUGACGCAGAAGAGCCUGGACGUGGGCAUCCUUGCAUCCUGGACCAAAUCCUUCAACUGUUCUGGCGUGGUUGGCAAGGAUGCUGUGCAGAUGUUGAACAAGGCUAUCCACAAGAGGGACCAUUUGGAUAUUGAUGUUAAUGCUAUACUCAAUGAUACAACAGGCACACUGGUGAUGGGGUCGUACCUGGACCACCGCUGCGCCCUUGGGAUCAUCAUGGGCACGGGUUCCAACGGCGCCUACAUCGAGAAAGUGGACCGCAUUGAGAAGUGGCAAGGGAAACACAUGGAGAAGGAGAUGCUGGUGGACAUCGAGUGGGGAGCGUUUGGUGACAAUGGAGUGCUGGACUUCAUCAGGACUCAGUGGGACGAUGCCGUGGACCAGCAGAGCCUCCUGGUCCACUCCUACACGUUUGAGAAGUACUACGGCGGGAAGUACAUGGGCGACCUGUACAGAGAGGUGCUACUGACGCUGGCUCGGCAGGGGUGUCUGGGCCGGGGCGGGGAGGGGACCCUGGCAACCCACGGCUCCAUCACCACCACCACUGUCUCCAAUAUUGAAAAGGACAGCAUGGAGGGGGCACAGGCGGCGGCGCGGAAGAUGCUGGAGGAGGCACAGCUGGAGUGGAGUGAGGAGGACGUGGAAGUGGCGAGAUAUGUGGCAGGAAUCGUGUCUUACAGAGGCGCCCUGCUUGUAUCCUAUGUACUGGUGGGUAUACUGCUGCGAAGGAUGGAACGGCCUCACUGCACCGUGGCCAUAGACGGCUCACUCUUCCGCCACCACCCGCGCAUCCGCCCGCUCAUGGAACACCUCAUUGAAAAGUUCGCCCCGGGACACCCUUUUGACCUAAUCCUGGCUCAUGAUGGGUCAGGGAAGGGCGCAGCACUGGUGGCCGCCAUUGCUGAUAGACUCCAGAACACCACCACCACCACCACCACCACCAACACCACCACCACAGCCUGACACUCUUGCCUCUAACGAUUCUAAACUCUCUCUCUCUCUCUCUCUCUCUCUCUCUCUCUCUCUCUCUCUCUCUCGUGUGUGUGUGUGUG